AUGAUGAGUGACACUGGUGGCGUCGCUGCCGACCAGCAGCAACAGCAGCAGCAGCAGGGUCGUGUGGCGCUGGUGUCGCCACGCCGACAGCACGGCAAGAUCAAGACCAACCUGCUCAAUCUCAACUACACCUUCAAAGGUAACCACACACGUGCACGGCAGAGACACACUACUGACAAGCAACGUGUCCAUGUCUGUUAUGUGAUUUGUGUGUUGGAUGCAGUGUUGGGUGCUGGCAACGCGUGUGACUUUGUGCUGCUCAAGAACGACGGCCAUCCGUACGACAUCCGAUUCGCCAUCGUCGCGUCACACGACAUCAAGUAAAGAAGUGAACUGACACAGAGAGACACACACACAGCGUGGAUGCCUGUCUCGCUUUCUCACUGUGUGUGUGUCAGUGUUGGCAACGUCGAGAAGAACAUCGCCCGCAUCACGUCUCCCGAGAUGUGCAGAGGAACCAAUGCGUCAGUGACACACACACAGAGAGAGAUACACAGAAUCCGCGCAUCUGUCUGUCGAUUGUGUGUGUCUUUGUCAGUUCGUAUGUGCUGUGUCUGUUGAGUGCGUCUGAGUUUCACACAUUCCAGACGGCACUCGCCGAGACGCCACUCGCCAAGCUGCCCAACCCCAUCCCAGUCAAAAAUGAGCACGACGCCACACAGAGGAUGCUCUCACUCGCCAGUCCCGCUGUUAGACGGCACCACACACUGACAUCCACCAUCCACUGAUGUGUGUGUGUGUGUGUGUGUGUCAGCCGUUGCUGCCCUCUGUGAUUCGCGACAUUUCGCCGUCUCAGUCCGUGCUGCAGCAUCUGUUGGAUGGCCAUCUGUCGAGCGGUGCGCUCGUGUGUCGGUUCCUCUCUCACAUUGGCGGGCUGCGUGCCAUCGACAUCGACAGCCUGCUGCACGUUGGCAGCCUCCAGACCAUCGCGCAGUCGAGUGCGAGGGAGACACUCAUAAACAAGACGGCACUCGACAGUGACAAAGCCAAGAAGGCGAGAGCAGGACGAUGGACACUAAUGGGGUCAGGGAGAUGCACCUCUGUGUGUGUGUUGUGUGUAUGUGUAUACCAAGCAGGUCGAGACAUUCAUGGGCAGCAUACCGUUCAUCGACGACACGGAGGACAGCCAAGAGCAGCAGCAGCAGCCACACGACGGCAUGAACACUUGUACAUAAAUGCGGG